AAAAAAAAAGAAAGGGAAAUGCUCGUUGACUGACCUGAUGUUGCUCUGUCCUGCCCAGAUCCAGCUGAGGCCCUGCAGCUCCCAAUGGACUACGUCCAGCGGGUCAAGCGGACCCACUCUCAGGGAGGCUACGGCUCACAGGGGUACAAGUAUACCUGGAAGCUGGAUGAGGCCCGGAAAAACCUACUUCGUACCCACACCACCUCAGCCAGCGCCCGUGCACUCUAUCGCCUUGCCCAAAAGAAGCCCUUCACGCCGGUCAAGUACUUCUCCAUCGACCGCGUAUUCCGGAAUGAGACCCUGGACGCCACGCACCUGGCUGAGUUCCACCAGAUCGAGGGUGUGGUGGCGGAUCACGGCCUCACCCUGGGCCACCUCAUGGGCGUUCUGCGGGAGUUCUUCACCAAGCUGGGUAUCACGCAACUCCGCUUCAAGCCAGCCUACAACCCAUACACAGAGCCCAGCAUGGAGGUGUUCAGCUACCACCAAGGCCUGAAAAAGUGGGUGGAGGUCGGAAACUCGGGGGUCUUCCGUCCAGAGAUGCUGCUGCCCAUGGGGCUUCCUGAGAAUGUGUCGGUCAUUGCCUGGGGCCUCUCCCUGGAGCGCCCAACGAUGAUCAAAUAUGGCAUCAACAACAUCCGGGACCUGGUGGGCCACAAGGUGAACCUGCAGAUGGUGUACGACAGUCCCCUGUGCCGCCUGGAUGCUGAGCCGAGGCCCCCUCCCACACAGGAGGCUGCGUGACAUGGGCCAGUCUAGGACAGCUCAUCCUCCCUGAGUCCCUGCUGCUGCACUCCUUUGCAUCCCUGGCCAGUGACCUUGUAUUUAUGAGGCCUCUGUGAGGCCAGCCCCCACCUUCCUCUUUCCCACCUGUCCCAGAACCAGAAUCCCAGGGACAGAGGACCAGGUAGCAGGUUCCUUCUGUUGUCCUGUGUGGUGUGUCCACUGUGAGGGUGGGCCUUGAGGAGACCUGUGGGCCACCUACUGUCUAAUAAAGUGGGCAGUUGCCCCCAUCUGGUGGCUUU